UCCGUGCAUGACGUCCGUCGCGCGUGGUCGGUCGCGCGAGUGCGCGUUAUGUCGCGCUUGCCAGCGUUGGUCGUGCUGAGCGCCCUGCUCGCCGCGUUCCCCGCCGCGUUCCCCGCCGCGAGUGCCGAACACAAGUAUGGGGUGUGCAACCUGCCCUACUGCCAGUGCAUCCCCGGCAUGCACCCCUCCUGGACCACAGUCAACUGCACCGUGCCCUCCGACCAGAAACUGGACAUCCUGGAGGGUGAUCUUCCGGAAGCCACCACCAACUUGAUCGUGACUGGAGCCGAAGCGGUUAUGAUCGAUGCCAACGCGAUAUCAGGCUUGAAGGACGCAAGACACAUCCACCUGUCUCACAUACAGAUAAUUCUACUAAGAAAAUCCGCCGCAGUCAACCUCAACAUUGUCAGUCUGUUUCUGGAAAUAGCACACUGCGAUGUUUUGCGAAUCGAAGAUAGGACGUUUAGCAAUAUAAAAGGACCGCUAACUGUGUACAUUCGGAACUGCGGAUACGUGCAGAUAGAGAGGGAGGCUUUCUCGUGGCUGCUGUCCAUCAACAUUGACGACGUCAAGAAUCUGCAGCUGGGCCCGGGGGCUUUCAAAUUGGACCCGACAGCCGGCAAUAUAGGUGAACACGGAGCAGGAUUAUCGAUCGAGAUGAAAAAUGUAACAGUACCAGAAAUAGGUGAAAAGACAUUCGGAUCAUCGGCUGCGCUCAUUUCGAUGACGUCGGUGGAUGUCCAGGCGAUACGAGCCGGGGCAUUCUCAGCCAACACAUACAACAUCGUCAUGGCUACGAACUGCUCGUUCCAACUUAUCGAUGCGGAUGCGUUCGUCAGCACAUCAUUGAUAAACAAUUUGCACUUCUAUGGAUGCAAAAUACAACAAAUUGCUUCCAAAGCUUUCCAAUGUGCUAUUGUAAGAUUGAACUUGACAAAUUCGAGGUUCGAGAACAUCGAGACAGGCGCAAUCAACGCAACUGUAACUGCAGUUGAUAUUGUUGACAGCGUAUUCAAGAUCUUCAACGAAAGGGGAUUUGAACUGUGGUUCUCUGACGAGAUUCGAAUGGAGCGUAACUCAUUUGACGAGUUGGCACAAAAUGCAAUCAUGACUCCGCAGAGUAAAAUUCAAAAAUUAAUAUUUGUUGAAAAUGAAAUAGAAAACAUAAACUCCGGAAGUCUAAGCUUCAUAGGUCCUGCCUACGAAAUGUAUCAGGACAGUGUUAUUUAUCACAACAACUAUUUCGGAGUAGCUUGUUACUGUAACAUUAGUGCUUGGUUAGCCAAAGGGUUUGCCAUCGAUUCUGUUGAACCCUUUAAAUCCGAAAGUUAUUGUACUGUGCCAGAAAUAAUUGCACGGUGUUUUAAUGUUCCCGAUCAGAACAUGUUGUUCCAAAAAUUUUUCGACAAUGUGUGCCAUGAUAAAUCAACUAUUCAAUGUGAAAAAUUCAAGUCAAAGGCGUUGGGCGAGGUAGAGAUAAAAAAUCCAAGAUUUCCCCACAAAAAGGAUGGACAGGAGGGAUUAAGUGAACGUGACAAAAAAGUGAUUGGUAUAGUAAUUGUAACAGCAUUGGGAUGUGUGAUAAUAGUGUUAUUUAUAAGUUUCAUAAGGUGGAUGAGACGUCGCGGUUACUGUGUAAAGAUAAAAAAUAUUUUACUCUCCUCCAACUCCUCUUGUGGAACUCUAUGUGAUAGAUUAUGUGUCUGUGGCGCGAACAGUGGACUCGAUAAUGCCAGAAGUAUCUCUCAACUAUCUGUGAAUGAAUAUUCAGAGCGCCACCGACUGAAUGAGCCAAGAGUACAGGAUGCUAUGAUACAAGAAACUGCAAUUCCUAGCGAAUGUACUGAAACUGCAGUCGCUACAGAAAAUAAAACAACUCAAACUUUGCCAGAGGAACUAACAAAGGAAUUAUUAGAAAAUUUAAAAGAAAAACUCGAGGAUCCAGAAAAUUAUGUAGAAGCCAGAGAAAUGAUAGAACAUUUAUAUGAACUUAUAAAAGUUGAAGAAAGCUGUAACACUAACACUCCCACACUCAUAAAUGUUGAAGAGAAUAUCUACGAACUGCCAUAUCAAAAUACUGCGCCGCGAAUUGGUAAAAAUAAAAAGCAAAUGAUAAGUGUCGGAACAAGAGCUCCCUCGCUCGAUAAAUUAAUGCCCUUGUCGCCAUAUAAUAGACAGACUGCACUGGCUCACGAAUAUUUUGAACCCAAGGACUUUGCAGUGCAUCUUUAUACCGAAAUAACGAAUUCUGAUAAAGAAAGGAAAAAUUUGCUCGGUGCCAUUCCAGAUUUAGUUGCCGAACAGCCAAUCCCUCGGGGGCCAUACCUGAAGGCUGUUCGAGAGAAAAUGAAUUCAAGUGGAAGUGCCUCGCCUGUGAAAUCCUUAAACAGCUCGAUAUCUGGUGCACAACCAAACAUAUCAACAAUAAAAUCAAACAAGUCUACAACUUCUAAUAAUUCUGGAAAAAUGAUAAAUAGGCCUCUUCCAGAGAAACCGCCCAAUACCUACCUAGGAGAAGGUCCGUCGUAUCGGUUCCAUUAAGCAUUUCAUCAUUAUUAUGACGCGUUACUAAAAGAUAUUCUUUAAAAUAUCAUAUUUUCGAAAAUCCUUGCUGGAUCCUUGAAGGCGCACGUGUUACUAAGUACGAUGCAAUCGCUUAAACAAAUAUUUCUUUGCUGUGAUAUUAUUUUGUUUAUAUUAUUAAUGUAAUUGAUUUGAUACGUGAAUACGUAAUGCCAGACAUUGUUCUAGUUUUUCUUUGUAAAUAAUUUAUAGAUGUAAAUGUUAAGUUACUCAGCAGUAGCUUGUGUCUGUGUAUGUUGUAAAAUAUUAAUAUUAUAGAUGAUAAGAGUCAAAAAUGCUUGUAUGCACAUCUCGUUGUCUAUAUAAUUAUUAUUAAAUAGAAUAUUAUUGAAUUGUGUUUAUGUGGGUAGCACUCGGAUACCAAAUAAUAGUUACCUAUUACAAAUAUUUCAAAGAUAAUAAUAAAUUUAUAUAUCUUUAAAAGUACUUCGUUCGCGGUGUAUUCUACUUUUCUUUGAAUUGUCAUCGAAAUAAUAUUUUUCUACAGUUUAACCCGAUAUUAACUCGACCUAAGGUUAGUGACUGACUUGAGACUAUAGAGACAAUAUUUCUAUACGUAUUUUUUCUUAUUAAAAUCUAUUUAGAAAUAAAAUAUCAGAUACCUAAGUACUUCUGUGGAUCAAGGUCUUAUGUUUUAUCAUCAUGAAAAUUAGCGAGAUUUAGGAUCAUUUGAAUUUAAAUCACAAUAUUUAUUCAAAAUCAGACUCGGUUCCUACUUCCUAGCAGAUACAGGAUAAAUAAUUAUUAUUUAUUUCUUAUUAUUGAUCUGUGAAAUUCAAAUGUUUCCCUUGGUGCUCGCUAGUAUUUUCUAACUUUAUUAAAUUAUAAUUAAUUAUUUUAUGUAAAGAGAUGGCAAAUGAUUGUUUUGUUUUAUAUUACUCGUAGUGAUAAUAAUUUAGUUAGUGAAAUUCUCAUAAUUUAAAGGCAUUUAUGUGUGAAUGAUGUUCGUAUCCUAUUUUAAAACUUAGUGAUAUUUAUUGUAUGUAUAAAUGCUUCCUUAGAUAGGUGAAUAUUAAAGCACUAAGCAAUGUGACUAAUAGAUACAAUAUAGUAUUUUUAUCCAAUAAAUCAAUAAUUAUAAUUUUUAAUAAUUAUAAUUAAUAAUUAUAUUAUUAAAUAAAUACCUAACAAGUGUUCGUAUUGCAAUGAAAAAUGCUGACUGAUGGCAACAAAAAAAUGAGAUUAGACUAUAAAAUUGUAUUUAUUCAGAUUAUAUACUAGCUAUUAAACCGUAUUAUACUUAUUGGAAAAAUGGCGAUAAAAAAAUCGCAACUUACCAAUGUUCUUAUAUUUAAUGUAUAGGCUUUACUGACCAUAUUUUAUCUGAUUGUGGCGUAGACACAUGGUGUUAUUCCAACAAUGUUGCAUAUGAAAUAAAUGUUGAAUGUGA